UCGUAUAUACACAGCAUUUAUAUUACCCAAGAUAGUCUAUCCACCGCGCUCGUACAGCAGGAUUCCACAUUGAUCGGGUGACAUCAUCAGUGGAGCCUCCGAUAAAGUGGUGUUAUUUUACUCUGCUCGGAAUUUAUACUGUCUGGUCCAUUAUGGUAUGGUUAUGUAGACAUCACUGGACUUUACUGCAGAGAACGAGGCAAGUGCCACUAUUGCCUUCUAUGAUCUUCAGGCAACAGCUUAGCUCUCAGCCCAUGAGUUAUGUUCGUCGACACAGCCUGUAUAAAAAGCUAUUCCUUGGGACCAUGGUUGGUGUCCCACUGGCUGUGGGUGCCAUAUUCAGUUUGUCAGAUGCCCGUGACCGUAGGAGGAUGCGGCUACUACUUGAAGGUGUUAGCCGCUUCUACAGAUCUAUUUACUUUGGAAUAAAAAUCUCUACAGAUUAUUGGUGGACUAUUAAUGUAAAACUUCGUGGAAAGGAUGAGAACAGCCAGGAUUUCAUAGACACAAUGUCUGCCUGCCACCAGCGAGGAGCAGACCUCAUUGUGGAGGGAGCCAUUAAGAACUCAGGUUUGUACAUCAAGCUGGGGCAGGGGCUGUGCGCCUUCAACCAUCUGCUCCCCCCUGAGUAUACCAACACUUUGCGAGUCCUAGAAGACAAGGCCAUCAACAGGAGAGACAAGGAGGUCGAUGCAUUGUUCCUUGAAGAUUUUCAAACCACUCCGGAUAAGUUAUUCAAACACUUUGAGGAAGAGCCAUUUGCAGCUGCCAGUCUAUCUCAAGUCCACAAAGCAGAGCUGUACGAUGGAACAUCUGUGGCUGUUAAAGUACAGUUCAUUGAUCUAAGGGACCGGUUUGAUGCAGAUAUUAUGACACUGGAAUUCCUCUUGGGUCUAAUUCAGCUUAUGCAUCCAAAGUUUGCAUUCCGUUGGGUCCUCCAGGACCUGAAGGGAACGCUGGCCCAGGAACUGGACUUUGAGAAUGAAGGCCGUAAUGCCGAACGAUGUGCAGAAGAUCUCAGGCACUUCAAAUUUGUUGUCAUUCCUAAGGUGCACUGGGAGCAGACCAGCAAGCGAAUCCUGACUGCAGAUUUCUGUGAGGGCAAUAAAGUCACCAACAUUGAAGAAAUCGAGCACCAGGGUUUAAGUGUAAAAGAUGUUGCGGACAAACUAGUCAAGACAUUUGCAGAGCAGCUAUUUUACACUGGGUUCAUCCAUGCUGACCCCCAUCCUGGAAAUAUUUUGGUAAGGAAGGGCCCUGAUGGAAAAGCAGAACUGGUGCUCCUUGAUCACGGGUUGUACGAAAGCUUGAAUAUAAAGGACCGGAUUAGCCUGUGUAAACUCUGGCGUUCCAUCAUCCUGCUCAACGAUGCUGCAAUGAAGAAAUUUGCCAAUGAGCUGGGAGUCAAAGAUUACUUACUGUUCUGUGAGAUCCUGUUGCAACGGCCAAUCAACACGCGGCAGACAGCUUACCAGCUGGCCAACAUGCUGACAAAGGAGGAAAAGGCCUACAUGCAGGAAAUGGCCAGCAAUCAUUUUGACAGGAUCAUCCAAGUGCUGAAGGAUCUACCACGUCCCAUGCUGCUCGUCUUCAGGAACAUCAACACUGUUCGUAGUAUAAAUGUCAUCUUGGGUUCACCUGUUGACCGAUAUGUCGUGAUGGCUAAAAGUGCAGUUAAAGCUCACAGUCUAUUAACAAAUAAACACACUGGAGGAUUUUGGACAGUUGGCGCUUUCAAGUGGCUGAAGAUAAAGUGGGCCAGCCUCCAGUUUGAGAUCAGUCUCAGGUCAGAAAGUAUGAUGAUGAAGAUAAUCUCCAUGCUUUUACGAUUAUUAAUUUACUUUGGUCUGUUAGUGCCAGAUGAAGAUUUAUACAAUUACCUGGUGGCAUAACAUGUCGAGCUGUCAAUUCAAAACUUAUUACAGAUAUGAGAAUCUACUGGACCUUUUGUUUGGAAAUCUUGGUUUCUCCUUACCUCAAAUCAGAACAGAGUCUGACGACCGUGGCUGGUGCUUAACCAAGUAGCAAUGAAUCUUUGGCAAUGCUCACAGAUAAAUGGAAGUAGAGCCAAAGGAAUUUGAAUUCUCACAAACAUUUUCACCCCUCAGCUAGCACUGUUCCUGUCAAGGUAUUACUGCCAAACCUCAUGCAAAAGCCUAUAGCCGACACCAUUUCAGGCUAAACCAGAGCUGUUUGCUCAUCCUAUAACUAUAGAAGAAAUGGGAAAUUCAGCUUGGUUACUGUUGUUUCUCUACAACAUGAUUAAUGAGCAGUUUUCUUGUGCCAGUAGCUGCACUCCAUUGGUUGAAAUGGCACAAAUCACACAAUGUCUUGAAAUAAAUCAGUCAGGACUUUGUUGAUGGAUGAAAAUUCUGAACCUGAACUCAUCUCUUUCUCUCCCUGCACCGUGAUAGAUUUCUACUGUAAGUCAGGAACUUAAGGCUGUUCAGCCUAUAGAAUCUCACCUCUGGCUUAUUAAUGCUAUUGUGGUAUUUCAUUGUAUGUUGAGUUACUUUUGAUAUUUUAAGUAAAAUUUUUUUUCCCCUGAUUUUCACCAUUAUUUCAUUGGUCAUAUCCUCUUCAUUCACCUAGCAGAAGAGAUGGGGACCAGACAGUGUGGUGUAUUGUUUAGGGUUACCUCUUCAUUCACUAUUGAGAAGAUGCUGAAUUGAGGCCCUGGCUAUGUUCUGACAUGACACUAUUUGAAAAGAACAGGCAAGUUCUCAUUAGUAUCUUCAUCCUUCAAUGAUAUAUAUUACUAAUAAAGGUCAGAUCGCUAACUGUCAUGUUUCAGUGUUACCAUGCUAACUACACUGCACAGGAACUCCAUUAGUCAUUAACAUCCUGUAUAUAGUAAUUUCAUCUUUAGGAUGGUCACUAUAAUUAAGCAAAAAACAGGUACAGUGUAGACAUUAUUAAGGAAUGUAUUUGAUAAUCAUUUUCUCUUUCCAUUGUUAGUUGAAUGAUAAUUUUGUCGUGAGAACCAGAGUUUAAGGCCAAAACACCAGCAUGGUAGUGAGGCACAGCUGCCUCAUUUCAGAAGGGACCAAAACAUUUUAGUUGUAAUUAAUCACUGAGCUGCAGCACAAUCCAUGUUACUCGGCCCUUGGAUGCUGCCAUGACCAGAAGGUUCUCUGCUGGAGAUUUAGCCCUGUACCUUUUAGUUUUUUAAUCUGAAAAAAAUUAAGGAUUUUCCAAAGCAGAUGGAACUUGAGAGUCAUUGUUCCAGAACCAACCUCUGUGCUGAGUUACUGACUAACAGCUGAUUUUAUGGUCCGUGAGCCCCAUCAUGAAAAGCAUAAAAAGUCAUAGCUCCAAUUAGGAUUUACUGAAAGUACUAUUAGCAGAUUGUAUUAGCUUUCUCUAAUUCCCAGGGAAAGAGUGAAUCCAAGACAAUAUUCAUCAACAAGCACUUAGCUCACUUGCUGGUUAGCUAAAACUCCACAGGAGUCAAAAUGAAUAAUUAGACAGCUUUUAGUCAGCAGAACCAGAUAACACAAUCAAUUAAACAUAACAACACAAAUGGGAUAGCAGGUUGGGUUCAAGCAAUUCCCUGUAAUCCUGCGAUUCUCUAUGGUUAUGCCAUCAAUCCAACAUAGAGAAGCACCUUAUUGUACUUUUGGCGUUGGAAAACAAAUUCAUUGCUUUUGUAAGAAGAACUCCUUAGUCCUGACACAUACGAGAUGCUCCCAUAAUUAGAGGGCUAUGAAAAGAGUUUAAAAAAUGCUGCAUAUUUUUUAAAAAAUUCUUUUACCCUAUUUGCAUUACAAAAUAUUUAAGUAUGAAAAACAGACAAUACAUUAAACUAAUCUGUACAAACAUUGAAAAUUAAUAAAAACUGCCUGUUGCAGUGGUGUAUUCAAUCACAAUGUCCUCAGUUUUACCCACUGUCUGCGUUGAGUUCAGUUUUAAAAAAGAAACUUGACCAUCAUGAGGGUUUAAAGGUCGCCUGGUUCUUAGUUCAUUCUGCCUUAGAAAUGGGCAGUAACUCGAUCAAUUUCCAGCACAUCUUCCAAAAUCUGAAAGAAACAACAAUUGUCAAAGUCACAAAAUAGCCACACACAUUCCUAGAUAAAGCAGAGUCCCAGAAGCCAGGAUGGACCCAAGUCUAUUGAAUUAUCUGGGAUCAGCAAAAGUAGUGGCUAGAAUAAGAGAAACUCAGUGACGAGCUAAACUAGUAAUGAGAAAGGGGUAUGGAUAUUAUCAAGGUAGCUUUGAUCACCUCUGCAACCAGAGAUGCUUGCUGACAAUCAUCCUCGAAUUUAACCAAACCAGAGUAGCAGGGGAGAUGUUACAACUGAUUUUGGAACUUCUAGGAAUUUUCCCCAUUAGGAGAACGGUACCAAUCAGCAUCCUAUUUCUGUUGUUCAAUCUGAGUGAGUGACUCUGAUUCAUUACAGUUAUGGAGGAGGACAUCACAGGAUUAAGGAUGCUUGGGUUGGUUAUCAGAAGAUGCUAGGUGCCUAUGGAUCAGUAUAACAAUUAUUCAACACUUUCAGUGGCUUAAGGGGAAGUCAUGACAAGGAAAAAGGAAUGCAGAAUGUUCCAAAAGGGCAAACAACACUUGGCACUGUUAAUUCUAAAGAAAUGGCAGUUAGGCAAAAGGUUUGAAAGUGAAGUUGAAAUGAGAUAACAAGGUGUAGAGCUGGAUGAAUACAGCAGGCCAAGCAGCAUCAUAGGAGUAGGAAAUCUGACAUUUCUGACCCAGACCCUUCUUCAGAAAAGUUGAAACGUGGUUUUCUUUUGAAACACUGAACCUGAAUACUUUAAUGUAACAAUCAAUAAUAACCCGAGUCACAUCAACAUACCACCAACAGCAUCAAUCUUCAUUAUCCUAAAUCAGAACUGCAAACAUCAGUUCAGUCUGUGUUUGCUACUACACUCACCAUAUCUGGCGUUGUACCGAUUUUCUUGGCCAACUCGCUGCGUUCCAUGGUGCUGAGGUACAAAAACUUAUUGAGCAGCUCCCCAUCCAGAAUGUUCCGCACUGCAUUUUGCAGAGCUCGUCGAUCACAGCGCAACAUCCUGCAGUACCAAAAUGGAAGGGGCAAAAUAUAAUCACAUGUAGUACAGUGGGUAGCAUUCUCAAAAUCAAACAUCAUGCGUUCAAGUCUCAUUGCAGAAACUUGUGCACAUAAAUUAGAUGGGCACUUCAGAUCCAUACUCCCUGUUCCAAGGCACGUUUAAAGGACCCUCUGGAUGGUUCGUCCAGGUAAUUACAUAGCCCACAACCACAAACAGAAAACAGUUCAAGCUACCUAUUCUUUCAUUCUGGCAAGCAAUUUUACCCAUCAGCAAGUGCCCUGCUUGACCAUUACAGGUGCCAGUUCAGAGAUAAUUUAAUGAUUGUGGGUCUGGAGCCACAUGUGGGUGACAGCAGACCAGGAAAGGACAGUACACACCUGCCCUACACUGAAAAUUUCAGUGAUUACCUUCUACUAAUUAGCUUUUGAUUCCCAACUUUAUGAUUGAAUUUAGAUUCCACCAUAUGAUGCAGCAGGAUAUGAAUCUGUUUCCAGGGCAUUCACCUGGAUUCUGGAUUAUUAGCCCUAAAAUGAAACUAGAAGUUAACAGUGAUUGCACUUCAGAAGUACAUUGAUAGGUUCCAAAGAUGUGAAAGACUGUAAAGAAAUACAGAUUCUUUCUGCAUUUUCUUUAGCUUUUGUAACAUGCCAGUAUCUUUUGAUAUUCUAAUAGCCUACCAUGAAGAAUUGUUUGAAAUGAUGUCAGGGAGCUAAUUUGAACUCAAUAUCAAAGCUUCAUAUUUUAAUUCUACAAUGUUGGAUACUGUACAGGUUCCAUUGUGUGUGUUUAGGAAGAAUAAACAAAGCAGCAUGGUGACUCAGUGGUUAACGCUGCUGCCUCUCAGUGCCAGGGACUCGGGUUCAAUUCCAGCCUUAGGUGACUGUCUGUGUGGAGUUUACACAUUCUCCCCAUGUCUGUGUAGGGUUUCUUCAAGGUGCUCUGGUUUCCUCCCACAGCCCAAAGAUGUGCAGGUUAGGUGGAUUAGCUGUGGGAAAUACAAGGAUAGAGUACGGGGGUGAGUUUGGGUGUGAUGCUCUUUGCAGAGUCCGUGUGGACUAGUUGGGCCGAUUGACCUGUUUCCACACUGCAGGAAUUCUAUGAUUCUAGCUCAACAAAUAAGUAUGUUUUGAAUCAGAUUCAGAGUGGUCAUAAGGCUGAUUGAGGCAAUGGGGAUAUGCAGCAGGGUAUCAACAGCACACGUGGAAGUUAGUCUCAUACUUGCAGUUAAUAUCCACCAAGAAACAGUACACACAGGAAGUGUAGAUGACAAAGUGCGAAGCUGGAUGAACACAGCAGGCCAAGCAGCAUCUCAGGAGCACAAAAGCUGACGUUUCAGGCCUAGACCCUUCAUCAGAGAGGUGUAGAUGGGUUGAAGGAUAGACUUCCGAAGAUGACUGAUAAAAGGAAAUGAAGGACCUACUCUGGGUGAAUGAAGACAGCUUUCUAUUGAUCUGUACUAUCCAGUUAUUGAUUCAUGCUAAGGUUGGCAAAAUAGCUCAGUACAGAAGUCAGAAUUUGCAUUCCUGGAUAAGGCAAAAGCCAAAAGAAUUAUGUUUUUAAAAAGAUUUGCUGUUCUGUAACAGUUUCAUAAUUUCAGGCAUCUCAAAAGCCAUCUACAGCCAAUAAACAGUGUUUGCUGUAACAACUAAUGAAACGCAGCAUUAAUUUGUGCACAGAAAACUCCUACAGCAAUGUAACAAUAACCCAAUCAUUUAAAGUGAGGCUAAGAGAUAGUCGGCCAGGACGGUUAUUAGUGGUUGGGAUUCCAGAGGGGAAUGCAAGUAAGCAGGAGAUUGAAGUUAAGAAAAUUUUUUUAAAAUCAAAAUAUUUGUUGAAGAACUAUAGCUGGUUUGGAGUCAACAUGUCUGUGAUCCAGUUGCUAGUAUUUAUUAAAGUGUGAUGUUUAUGACCAUAACAAAAACAAUCACUUCAGUGAGAAUGGAAUGUACAUGGUGGAAUAUUACCAUCUACUGGUGAAGUUCAGAAUCAAUAGGUUCACUUCUAAUUUUUCAGAAGUUACUGAGAACUCAGUGGGGUUGGUGUACAGAUGCCAAUAUAUACUACCACAAUAAAGGUGGAGAUGUGUAACGUAUUGUACUUUGUCAUUAAUAAAAAUCAAUAAAAUGAUUUAUAUUGUGUCCAAA